GUCGAGACAUCCUCCUUUAGCUUUCAGUCAUCUGCAAAAAGUCAAUCGAAAACAUGAUUCUCAAAGACAUUACAACAGUGUCACUUCUUUUCUGGCUGUUCGUGAAAGGAGUACAUGGAGCUUCGUUUUCCAACGUUUAUGUUCAAAGUAAACCUGUGGAAUAUGUGAAAUAUGGACCUGCUGCUUCCAUCGUCACUCCGGAGCUGGCGCAAAUAUCUGCCGCACCAGUGGAUCCGUUUGUACAAUUGGAACCAGUACAAGGGAUCGUUUCUCCGUGUGUAGCGCCUUGUGUUAUUCCAGGCGCGCCUUUAGCAGCAAUACCUCCACAAGCCAGAGCAAACAUUAUAGCGUAUAAAACACCAAUUGCUAAUGUCCCUGUCGUAUAUACGAAUAAUGAUGACGCAGCCAGCUACCAAUACUCUUAUGCAGUAUAUGAUGAGAAUACAGGAGAUCAAAAAUCACAAACUGAAAAAAGCGAUGGGUCCGUGGUUCAAGGACAAUAUUCGCUGAUUGAACCAAACGGAUCCAGACGUGAAGUAACUUACACCGCAGACGAUACCAAAGGAUUUAAAGCGGUCGUUCGAAAUUUUACACCUAAAGCUCCAGAAAGUUCUGAUAAAUCUGAAAACAAAGAUUCUAGCUCGCCUUGCAACGAAGCAAAAAGUGAGCAAAUUAAAGAAGAACCGAAAGAGGAUGGAGGGGACGAUCAAGCUAAAGAAGUUGAAAACAAUCGCGAAGAGACCACCAAUGAUAUUAAAACUACUCCUGGAGAAGUGUCAAAUGUCGAAGAACUAACCACAGAACAACCUACAAAAAGCGAAACACCAGCUUCAUCUGAUGAUAAUAAUGUUGUAUCCUACAGCGAUAUUAUAAAAUGCCUACAAGGGAAACUACGUGGGACUAAUGUUGAUUUUCAACCUCGAAUCAAUCCAUCUCCUUUGACAUAUAUUCUCUUGCCCACAUUAGCCAGUAAACCAUGUUAGAUGUCCUAGAAGACAAAACCUUAAGACUUCCUCGUGAAGACUGUUACUUUGUAUAUUUUGAUGUAAUUUUUUGACCUAUAUAAUCGAGCAAGUUAAGAUUAUUUAACAAAAUAAAUUGAGCAUACUAUUUA